UCUUAGGAUAUGCUUACAAUUUUUAUAUUUUUAGUAGAGAUGGGGUUUUACUGUGUUGGUCAGGCCAGUCUCAAACUCAUGGCCUAAAGUGAUCCGCUUGCCUCAGCCUCCAAGAGUGCUGGGACUAUAGGUGUGAGCCACCACAUCGGGCCAACAUAUUUUAAUUUUGCAGCCUUGAAUAGUUAGAAUUGCCUUACAAAUAGACAUUCAACCAAUACAACAGAAUAUUAAGCCAAGACAUAAACAGUCAUCUUAUAUCAAGAGGGGAAAAGAGUCAAGUGAGGACUAUUUAAUAAAGGGUCUUGGAAUUAGUGGGUGAGUCAUCCAGAGAAUAAGAAUGUUGGAUUAAUACCACACUCUAUGUGUCUAUUUGGAUAAAUUCCAAAUGAAUCAAAUAUUUAAAUGUAAAAACUGUAAAGAUAAAAUUAAAGAAAACAUGAGCAAAUUUGUUAUUUUGGAGUCAGGAAAGCCUUUCUGAUUAAAAUGUGAAUAGGCAUAGAUGAAAAGAUAAACUACACAAAAGUAAACAUAAUUUUGCUAGGCAGAAAUCAUUGUAAACAAAGUUAAAAAGACAAAUAUUUGUGAUUCAUAUUACAAUCAAAGUACUAAUCUCCCAGAUACAAAGCACUUCUAGAAAUUGAUAAGAUUAAUAGCAAAAUGGGCAAAGAAUAUGAACAUAACAGUUCACAGAAAAGGAAGAACAAGUGGUUCUUAAAUAGAUGAAUACUGUUUAACCUCUUUUAUAUUAAGAUAAAAACAAUACACUGAAGGUACAAUUUUUUUUCACAUAUCAAGUUAACAAAAAUCUUAAGUUAUGUAAAACACGGUGUGGAGAGCCUAUCAUUAAGUAAGCAUUUAGUGUUGUUUGUGUUAGUAUAAAUUUAUAAACUCCUGUGGAGGGUAACUUGCCAGCAUAUAUCAGAAUUACAAAUACACAUCUUUUUUUAUUGAAGAAGUUCUAUGUUCAGUAGAAAUUACCUGAUUGCUUUAUUUUUAUUGAAGAAGUUCUGUGUUCAGUAGAAAUUACUGGCUGGCUUUAUUUGUACAUGUACAAAAUAACAUGAAGUACAACUUUUUUUUUUUUUUUGACAGAGUCUGGCUGUGUUGCCCAGGCUGGAGUGCCAUGGUACUAUCUUGGCUCACUGCACCCUCCACCUUCUGGGUUCAAGUGAUUCUUUUGGCCUGAGUAGCUGGGGUUAUAGGCACCCGCCACCACAUCCAGCUGAUUUAUGUAAUUUUAGUAGAGACUGGGUUUUGCCAUGUUUGCCAGACUGGUCUUGAACUCCCGAUCCCAAGUGAACUGCUUUCCUUGGCCUCCCAAAGUGCUGGAAUUACAGGCAUGAGCCACCGUGCCUGGCCUACAACCUUGUUUAUAGUGGCAAAACAUUAGAAACAACCUUAAUAUCUAUUUUUCGGGAAUUGGUUAAAUAAUUAUCCAUCCAAUUAAUAUAAUAUAAUGAUAACAUAAUUGUGAAAAGAAUGAAAUUCUGGCUGGGUGUAGUGGCUCACGCAUACAAUCCUAGCACUUUGGGAGGCCAAGGCUGGUGGAUCUUUUGAGCCCAGAAGUUUAAGACCAACCUGGGCAACAUGGUGAAAACCCCAUCUGUACUCAAAAUACAAAAAUUAGCUGGGCAUGGUGGUAUGCACUUACAGUCCCAGCUAUUUAGGAGGCUGAGGUGAGAGGAUCAUCUAAGCCCAGGAGUUUGAGGCUGCAGUGAGCUACGAUUGUGCCACUGCACUCCAAUCUGGAUGACAGAGUGAGACCCUCUCUAAAAAAAAUUGAUAUGGGAGAAUCUCUAAUAUACUUUAAGUAAAAAGAGCAAGGUGUAGAAAUCAAUGUAUAGAGAGCUACAUUUUGGGUUUUUUAAACAAGGAAAAAUAUACACUUGCAUUUGCUAUAAAUACACAAAAAACCUUGGAAGGAUAUAUACAACUAAUAACAUUGGUAACUCUUGGUGUAGAGGUGGGAAAAGAAGGGGUGAGAGUUAGGUUGAUGGAGGACAUAAAUAGUAGACUUUUCACGCAUACCUUUUUAAAAACAAUGUAAAUAUGUUACCCAUUCAAUUUUUUUUUUUUUUUUUAAGGGUACGCUUUGGAAUUAGAGUGCUUAGAUAAAAAUCCUGGCUCUGCUGCUAGAUCUGUUUUCUUGGUCACAUUGCUUAAUCUCUGUGUGUCUAGGUGUUCUCGUCUCUAAAAUUAGGAUAAUCAUGCCAAACUCCUAGAAUAGCUGCAGGAGAAUUGCUUGAACCCAGGAGGCGGAGGUUGUAGUGAGCCGAGAUCGUGCCACUGCACUCCAGCCUGGUGACAGAGCGAGACUCCCUCUCAAAAAUAAAUAGAUAGAUAGAUAAUGGAUGGAUGGAUGGACGGGUGGAUAGAUAAAACAGUGCAAAGAACAAUGCCUGGCUUUUGAGCAGGUUGUUGCCUUGGAUGCCCAAAAUAUCGUAGCUGUUUCAUGUGGAGAAGCUCAUACAUUAGCAUUAAAUGACAAAGGCCAGGUGUAUGCUUGGGGUCUCGAUUCAGAUGGACAGCUUGGCCUGUUAGGAUCAGAGGAAUGCAUCAGAGUACCCAGGUAACAAAGAAAUAUUAAAAGCUUGUCAGAUAUCCAGAUUGUACAGGUUGCUUGUGGUUACUAUCAUUCACUUGCACUUUCUAAAGCAAGUGAAGUCUUCUGUUGGGGACAGAAUAAAUAUGGCCAAUUGGGUUUAGGUACUGACUGUAAAAAGCAAACCUCACCACAGCUGAUUAAGUCUUUGCUUGGAAUCCCUUUCAUGCAAGUUGCAGCAGGAGGAGCCCAUAGUUUUGUACUCACCCUUUCUGGAGCUAUCUUUGGAUGGGGACGCAACAAGUUUGGUCAGCUAGGUCUUAAUGAUGAAAAUGAUAGAUAUGUUCCCAAUUUACUAAAGUCACUAAGAUCUCAGAAAAUAGUUUAUAUUUGUUGUGGAGAAGAUCAUACUGCUGCACUAACCAAGGAAGGUGGAGUGUUUACUUUUGGAGCUGGAGGGUAUGGUCAGUUGGGCCAUAAUUCUACCAGUCAUGAAAUAAACCCAAGGAAAGUUUUUGAACUUAUGGGAAGCAUUGUCACUCAGAUUGCUUGUGGACGGCAGCACACUUCUGCUUUUGUUCCUUCAUCAGGACGAAUUUACUCUUUUGGGCUUGGUGGUAAUGGGCAGCUGGGAACCGGUUCAACAAGCAACAGGAAAAGUCCCUUCACAGUGAAAGGAAAUUGGUACCCUUAUAAUGGGCAGCGUCUACCAGAUAUUGAUUCUGAAGAAUAUUUUUGUGUAAAAAGAAUUUUCUCAGGGGGAGAUCAAAGCUUUUCACAUUACUCUGGUCCCCAGAACUGUGGGCCACCAGAUGACUUCAGAUGUCCCGAUCCUACCAAGCAGAUCUGGACAGUGAAUGAAGCUCUAAUUCAGAAAUGGCUGAGCUAUCCUUCUGGAAGGUUUCCUGUGGAGAUAGCCAAUGAGAUAGAUGGAACAUUUUCUUCCUCUGGUUGCCUAAAUGGAAGUUUUUUAGCUGUUAGCAAUGAUGAUCACUAUAGAACAGGUACCAAAUUUUCAGGGGUUGAUAUGAAUGCUGCUAGGCUUUUAUUCCACAAACUUAUACAACCUGAUCAUCCGCAGAUAUCUCAGCAGGUGGCAGCUAGUUUGGAAAAGAAUCUUAUUCCUAAACUGACUAGCUCCUUACCUGAUGUUGAAGCAUUGAGGUUUUAUCUUACUCUACCAGAAUGUCCCCUGAUGAGUGAUUCCAACAAUUUCACAACAAUAGCAAUUCCCUUUGGUACAGCUCUUGUGAACCUAGAAAAGGCACCACUGAAAGUACUUGAAAACUGGUGGUCACUACUUGAGCCUCCACUAUUCCUCAAGAUAGUAGAACUUUUUAAGGAAGUUGUGGUACAUCUUUUGAAACUCUACAAGAUCGGUAUUCCUCCUUCUGAAAGAAGACUUUUCAACAGUUUUCUUCAUACUGCAUUGAAGGUUUUAGAAAUACUACAUAGGGUAAAUGAGAAAACGGGACAGAUUAUACAGUAUGAUAAAUUUUAUAUACAUGAAGUACAAGAAUUGAUAGACAUAAGGAAUGAUUAUAUCAACUGGGUCCAACAGCAGGCCUAUGGAAUGGAUGUCAACCAUGGAUUAACCGAGUUGGCAGAUAUCCCUGUUACAAUCUGCACAUAUCCAUUUGUAUUUGAUGCCCAAGCAAAAACUACUCUGUUACAGACAGAUGCAGUCUUACAGAUGCAGAUGGCUAUUGAUCAGGCCCACAGACAGAACGUCUCCUCUCUUUUUCUCCCAGUGAUUGAAUCUGUGAAUCCCUGCUUAAUUCUAGUGGUGCGUAGAGAAAAUAUUGUAGGAGAUGCAAUGGAAGUCCUUAGGAAAACAAAGAACAUAGAUUACAAAAAGCCACUCAAGGUUAUAUUUGUUGGAGAAGAUGCUGUGGAUGCAGGAGGGGUACGCAAAGAAUUUUUCUUGCUCAUCAUGAGGGAAUUAUUGGAUCCUAAAUAUGGCAUGUUUAGGUAUUAUGAAGAUUCCAGGCUCAUUUGGUUUUCUGAUAAGACAUUUGAAGACAGUGAUUUGUUCCAUUUGAUUGGUGUUAUCUGUGGCUUAGCUAUUUACAAUUUUACUAUUGUGGACCUCCAUUUUCCUUUGGCUUUAUAUAAGAAACUACUGAAAAAGAAGCCAUCCUUGGAUGAUUUAAAAGAACUAAUGCCUGAUGUUGGGAGAAGCAUGCAACAAUUACUGGAUUAUCCAGAAGAUGACAUAGAGGAAACAUUUUGUCUUAAUUUUACGAUCACAGUUGAAAACUUUGGUGCAACAGAAGUGAAAGAGCUGGUUGUAAAUGGUGCAGACACAGCUGUUAACAAACAAAAUCGGCAAGAGUUUGUUGAUGCUUAUGUGGAUUACAUAUUCAAUAAAUCAGUGGCUUCCUUAUUUGAUGCUUUUCAUGCGGGCUUUCACAAGGUCUGUGGAGGAAAAGUUCUACUGCUCUUUCAGCCUAAUGAACUACAAGCAAUGGUCAUUGGAAAUACAAACUAUGAUUGGAAGGAAUUAGAAAAGAAUACAGAAUACAAAGGGGAAUACUGGGCAGAACAUCCUACAAUAAAAAUGUUUUGGGAAGUAUUUCACGAAUUACCACUGGAAAAGAAGAAACAGUUUCUGUUAUUUUUGACAGGUAGUGAUCGCAUUCCUAUUCUUGGUAUGAAGAGUCUGAAACUAGUCAUCCAGCCAACAGGAGGUGGUGAGGAAUAUCUCCCAGUUUCCCAUACUUGUUUUAAUCUUCUGGAUCUUCCAAAAUAUAAAGAAAAAGAAACUCUACGCUCUAAACUGAUCCAAGCUAUUGAUCACAAUGAAGGCUUCAGUUUAAUAUAACUUUGGAGUUAUAACUAUUCAGUUUAGUGCAAAAGCAUUAAACUAUUUGUGUUUUUCUUGUGGUGAUGAAUUCAGCAAGGUGACAGAGGUACUAUUAAAAUUUUUACUGCAAAAUGUUCAAUCUGCGAGUGUUCAUGGAAGCCAAAAAAAUUAAAGGAAAAUGAACAAACUGUUAAUAUUAUUGUACAGAACCAUGUCUUUUUUUGACUAUCUUCCAAUAAACAUACAGGUAUUGUGAAUACAUUACAAAGUUUUACUAACAUGAAUUUCAGGAGUUUGCAUAUUUCAGAAAUGAUCUGGUGUGAAUGCAUGGAAAUACUGCUUAAUUUUUCUUCAAUCAUUGAGUGAAAAACCUUUAACUUUGGCCUGCGAUAGUAAUUUGAUUAUUUUUUCAUUUUGUAAAUAAUAUUGUUUUGUAAUAAAAUAGUUAUGUUCUGAUACCA